AUGGCCAAAUUUAGAUCAAAACUUAAGGGUAAAUCAAAAGGCAAAAGAUGGCAAAAAGGGCAGUCAUCAAACUCAAACCCAAAAACUCAAAAGUACAGAGAAAUAGCAAAAUCCCGGUUCUUUCAAGAAAAUCUUGGAGGAACUGGCCUGACACAGCAAGCACUACAAAAACAUGAUGCCAUGACACUCUAUGGGCACAAGAAAUCUGAAGAUGAUGAUUCUAUUGCAAAAGAGUUUGAGAGUAUGUCUGUUCGCACUGGCGAUGAUACGGAAACUGAAUAUUCUGCAUCACAGAAAUCUGGAACAUUUAAGACCUUUCAAACAUUUGCAUCCGAUUGGAGUCAGUGUUCAAAUGUUAGUUUCAGCAAGCUACUAACCAGAUUUGAUUCCAACAACAUAGUGCACAAGGAAAUGCUAGCCGUAUUAGCUGCAGUGACAGAGGUAAUAAAGGAACAAGGGGGCAAAGAAAGUACAACUGAAUAUUUUGCUGCAUUGAUGCAAACACUCAAAUCCUCAGAAGGUGAAGAGAGUCUUGUUGCCACUGUGUCUUUAUUAUCAAUGGGCAUUAAAUCUGUACCCCAAGCAGUACUAAGAAAGCAGUUUUCCGACUCAGCUAGUAUAUUUACUGAUCUCCUAGAGAAGAACUCUCAAUCAGAGAAUGGUACCCUAUUAAGAAGUACCAUUGGAUGUUUGUCAGUGUUGCUUAGAGCUCAGGAGUAUGCGCAGUGGGCAAAUUCCUCUACUAUGAAGGUGUUUGACAGUGUUUUGGCGUUUACACUGCAUUCUAAGCCUAAAGUAAGGAAAGCAGCCCAGCAUGGAGUGACUUCCAUUCUCCGAGGUAGCUGCUUCAUGAUUCCGACAGAAGAUAAUAGUAAAGUACUGAAAGUACACCCAGCAUCAAAUCGAGUCGCUGAGUAUUGCUUGUUGCAAAUAAAGCCAGAAGCACUUCUGUCGGGGCACAGAACGGUGUUGCACAUCCUUACUUUGUUGCGUGAUGUGUUGCCAGUUUUCACUAAGGAUUAUAUUAAGAGUCUUUGCGAAGCCAUACUGUCACUAAUGACCCACAACAACGUGUACAUAAAGACGUGUUGUCUUCAAACAUUGCACGCUGUGUUCGCCGCUCCGAGAGACAUUUGUAAUAUAACGGCAAACCUAACCGUCCAAUUGACCAGAGCACUGAUGGCGGCGCGCCCACCGGCUAAUGAUACUGGACAAAUACUUGCCUGGACGACUGUCAUGCAGCAGGGGUAUGGGUGUUUAGCCAGCCUGGACCUGAACCUGUGCAUACCGAACUUGCCUCCGUUCGUGGGCAUCUGCGUGUCAGAGCUGUGGCUCUCAGACGUUGCUGAGGUCAACUCGGCUUCUACCAACGCCCUGAAAGCCAUACUACUUGACUGCGUGAAGCCUGCAGUGGAGUCUGAUGAUGUACUGGUGCGGCACAAAGCCCUUAUUGACGAAGUUUUUAAAACGAUAGGCACCGGUCUAGAUAAUCCCUUCAAUCAAGCCAUAAAGCACGUUAUAUUGACGAUUGCUGUGUGCUUCGAGGUAGGAAAUGAGAAAGUCACGGACGCCGUCGGACCGCUGUUAAGAAAAUUAAACGACAGACGGGAAAGUCACAACUUCUUCAACGAAAAGGAGGCGGAAUACGCUACGGGGUGUGCAAUUAAAUCUCUAGGCCCGGAGUUCGUGUUAAAAAUAAUCCCUCUACGCACCGGCGAAUCUAUCAACCUCGACAGAAGCUGGCUCUUGCCCGUACUGAAGGAAAAAAUAACCCACUCCACGCUAAAGUUCUUCGCGACGGAAAUUUUAGAAAUGGCCACAUUCUGUCGGCGAAAAUCGCGUGAACUCUCCGAAGCGAACGAUACAGCCGGUUCGCACACUUACGAUCUUUUGUGCAACCAAUUAUGGGCUUUAUUGCCCAGCUUCUGCAAUAACCCGAAGGAUAUAAGCAAUUUCAAGAUAAUGGCCAGGGUCCUAGGUACGGUUUUGAAAGAUAAUCCGGAGUUCCGGUCCCCUGUUAUGGCGGGGUUGAGGAAAUUGAUCGCGAGUUGCGAGGGCAACGAGAAGGACGAAGCGGAACUGGCUAGAUACGCGAAGAACUACGUGCCGAUUCUGUUGAAUAUAUACAUGACGCCCGUGAAAGGUAGCACGGCGGAGGGGCAGAGGCUGGCGGCGUUGGAGACAAUACAGGUAUACCUAACAAUUAGCGACCAGGCACUGCGUGAAGAACUAUUCAACAACGCUUUAAAUCAACUAGAAGGCUCAGCAAACAAUCAUUUUCAAAGAGAAUCCAUACUAGAUAUCAUACGAAUAUUAGUUUUCUACCAAAGCAGUUCCCGGAUAGCAGAUUUAUUUGAGAUAUGGAUAUAUCCAUUGAGCGAGACGGUUCUCGAAGAGCCUAAAAAGGGUAAGAAGGUCAAGAAAGAAGAUGAAGACGACAGCAAGUUAAAGUAUAAAGAUAGAGUUAGAAUGCUAGAGAUGGAGCAUAAGAAGGCGUACAGGGUUUUGGAAGAGAUAUUUAAAAGUGAGAGGGAGAACUGUAAGGAGUUUUUAAGGGAUAAUUAUAAGAAGAUUAAGCAGCUGCUGGUUACGUCACUCAGUAAGGUGGCCGAUAGCAGCAAAGCGCCAAGACUGAGAUGCAUAGAACACUUUAUCAAUAUGUCGGCGUCUAAUUUGAACUCCGAGAGCAAGAUCUUAAAGUCGGCAAUAGCGGAAGCUGUGAUAUGCACGAAGGACAUCAAUUCUAAGUGCAGGCAGUGCGCCUUCAAUCUCAUCAAUACGGUUGGAAAUGUCCUUAAGUCACGGGACGGAGGCAUGACAGCGUUCAUAGAAAUGUUGGAGUCGGGCCUAACGGCGCCUUUACCCAGGAUAGUCAGCGCAACGAUUCGCGCGAUAGCUUCGGCUCUCUUCAACUUCUCUGAAGAAAUGGGACUCGAGACUGUGCAAAGUCUGUUGGAGAAAAUGGCCGCUGAAAUGCUCAACGCCAAUAGGGAAGUGGUCGCCGGCGCUAUGAGCUUCUUGAAGGUGUACACGAAAGUUAUUCCAAAGGACGCGCUAUCCGGUAGCUUACCCCUCAUAUUCAAAACAUUGUCAUCCAUGCAAGACGACUGUAAACGACACACGAGAACCGAAAUUGGGUACUUCUUAUCGCGAAUGGUGCGGAAAUUCGGUGCUGAAACUAUACAGAAACUAAUUCCAAGAGAAGACGAGGUGAUGCUUCGGAGGUUGCGGAACAUCAGGAAGAUUGAUAAUAGGAAGAAGAAGAUGAAAGACGGCAGCAGAGGGCAAGAUUCGGACUCCGAAACUGAUAUCGCUGUUAAGGGCGUCUCGAAAACCCUUGAUGAUAUUCUUAAGGACUCUGAUUCUGAGCUCGAAGGUCUAGAAGAUGAACCGAGACCCAAGGUUAAAGCGAAGAAGGGCAGGACCCAAGCGUGGAUCCAGGACGACCCGGAGAAUAUUGUGGAUUUGGCAGAUGUGUCUUCGUCUAGGAAAAUUACAGCAACUGACCCAAAACAAAAGAAAUCAAUAGAAGAGAAAAAACAAAAGAAGAAAGAUGGCAGCUUCCGUACAGCGGCUGAUGGACGACUCAUCAUCACCGACGAAGACUUUGCUGAUGAUGAUGAUGAACGGAAGCCCAGCGGAGAUAUUGACCCUGAUACCGAUGAUACAGAUGACGAGAGAGAAGAAAAACCGUCAAAACUACUAAAGACAGGCGCCAAGCGUCGCUACGACGACAUAUUGAGUGUUAAGAGCGGAAAGACGAAUAGAAGUCGCGCUCCAACCGCAACUGUGGCAUCUAAAUACAAAGCUGGGGGCAAGGGCAUCCACAGACCGCUAGAUGCAGCCGCGUCCGCGACAUCAGUCGGUACAGAGUAUCGUUCGAAGAAGGCGAAAGGAGAUAUUAAGAAGAAAGGCAAACCGGAUCCUUACGCGUACCUUCCGCUAUCGAGGAAGAAUCUUAAUAAGAGGAAAAAGGCUGUUACAUCUCAUCAAUUCAAAGGAAUCGUCAAGUCAAAGACAAAAGGAAAGUCUAAAUUUAGGAAGUGA